CUCAAGGUUACUUUUCAUCGUUCAAAGGUCAUCCAUAGAUUAUAGUCGCACUGGUUUUUAUCUGAGCUUCUAAAUCAACUUGCAGGUGCAGUAUUUGCAAGGAGAGUUUGAAUACUACUCAAACAUCUGUCGUUUGCAUUAAUAUGCGCCAUGUUCGAUUUUUGUCUCAAUGGCAAUUUUACCUUGAUCCUGAAGUUAACAUCCCUAUAAACUUUUUUUUUACAAGAGCCUUUUUGGGGUAUGUUGAGUUGUACUUCUAAAAUUCUAUAUAGAGACCGCUUCAAAGGUUUUCGAACGUGUAGUGAAUUAUCAAAAAAGGACCAAGAUUUCAACAACGCAGACAGUUCUAAUCAUGUAUCUAAAUUCCCCGAGAAGAAAAAUGUGAAUCGACAAAGCGAACGCAACAUUAUUGAGGCAGUUCCCACAAUCGUAUCCAAGCAUAUAGUUUUUUCUGAUUCCGAAGAAAACGAUAAGCAGCCAUUUGCGAUCGCCUCAGAAGAAGAAAAACACCUAAUCGACAAUACUGACGUAAAUUGCUCAUCGAUCAAGAAGCCUUUGCAAUCAAGAAAGUAUUUUACAUCUGUCUCCUACACCUUAAAACAUUUGCUUCAUUCUGACUCGGUUAUAUCGGAGAGCGACUCAUCAUCUGAUUCAAACCAUGAACUCAGAACUCAAAAUUUCGUAUUUCCAACUGCUAGUUCUCAAGCAACUAAAAGAACUAUUCCAAAUGUUCUCUCCUUCAGUAGUUCAAAAAGUAAUACCAGUGUUGUUAGUAGCUAUGUCGAUGAGUUAUGUAAAAUGUUGGACGAAAUGCAACAAUUGGGUCUUCCUACUAGCUUUGGUUGUCCACAUAAACAAAAGUCAGUGAAUCCGAAGUCUGCAAAGUCUGAAGAUAUUUUAUUCGAUUACUAUGACGAUGAGGAAGUGGACCAAUGGUUGCUAGUAUUUGCGAGCCGAUGUAAAGAUAAUACUGCACAAAGAAAACAGAGGAGUAUUGUGCGUCAUUGUCUGUCAGAUCUUGAUCUUGAAUCUGUUCGGUAUUCUGGAUCAUUAUUUAUGAGUUCAUCUGGAGAAUUAAAAAGUUUGAUCGAUCCAUACAUUUGUGCAGGUUCAGUUUUUUCAAGAAUGUGUUAUGUACUGGAGAUGGUUUGUGUGUUUACCAGUGAACAUAAUGGCAAUAAUAGUUAUCGCGUACUCAACUCAUGGGAACUGAAUCUGCCUCGUUGCUGGAAUUCGCCAACAUUCAACUUAGAGGCCCUUUUAUACAACUGUCGCUUCUUUUGGCGUUAUAAUCCACCUGUACCUAAAUUAGCAUGUGAGUCCAAACAGCUGAUGUGCAUUACCUUUGACCCUUCAAUGGAUAAAUAUUGGGCUCAAAGAUUUCGUCUAUUCUCUCGUUUUGAUUCUGGGAUUCAGGUCGAUUGUGAUUCAUUAUUCAGUGCUACUCCUGAAGUAAUUGCUGCUCACCAGGCCAAACGUAUAUAUCGAGUUUUUACGCCUUGGACAAAAGGAAGUUACACAGUCUUGGAUAUUUUCUGUGGUACUGGAUCAAAUGCUAUACAAUUCGCGUUACGUGGAUUUCGAGUGAUUGCGAUUGAAUCCGAUCCAAUUCGUAUUUCAAUGGCUGCAAAUAAUGCGGAAAUUUAUGGCGUUCGCCAUCUUAUUGAAUUUGUUUGUGAAGAUUAUUUUACUUGGGCAUGGAAGCAGAUUCAGUCAAAUUUCGUUUCUCAAUCCGCUUUGACCAACAACGUUGGAUAUACUGCUGCUCUAAUGUCACCACCAUGGGGCGGACCUAGUUAUUUAGAACAUGAAAGUUUUAACUUAUCGAGUAUAAAAUUUCAAAAUUCCAACACAAAUUUAUGGUGUGCUUUGUAUUUAGCUCUGGUGCUGACCAAUGGGAAUGUAGCGUUGUUUUUGCCUCGUAAUACAAAUAUGGCAGAUUUUCUGGAAAUUUCAGCCAAAUGUAUUAGAGAAAUUAAAAUGGAUUCGUUAGACAUUGAAUUCGAAUUGAACUUGAUUAAUUUCAAAAGCAAAGCUUUGACUGUUUAUUUUGGUACCUUGGCAAAUGCUAACAGAAGGACAACAGAUACAAAAUCUGAUCAUUCAGACGAAUCAGAUUACCUUAGUUAAUGUGAUCUUGAUAAGACAUUUUUGUAAAUAAUCUUAAUUUAUAAGAUUCGGUUUUUUUUUAUAUGACUUUUGUAUCGGAACUUUCUUCCAAGAUAUAAAUAUGUGUGGUUGGUAGGAUCUUUGAAUGAAUAAAUUAUAAUUGUAUAUGGUUUGUUGAUUUAGCUAUUCAGUGUAUUGUAUUUUCUGUUGUAUUAUGAUAAGAUAAAAUAUAAAAUUAUUCAUUUUUUGCAUUGAGAAA